ACCCAGAGUCCUCACUUGCCACGGCCAGUCGGCCACUAGUCACAACCUGCUCGUGCUCAGCAACCCAACCAACAAACCAUGGCUUCUCCCAAGCUCCUGCUCCUGCUCGCCACCUCCCUCCUGGGCUGCGGCCUCCUGGCCGCCGCCGACUACGCCCCGAUGACCCUGACCGUGGUGAACAACUGCCCCUUCCCGGUGUGGCCGGGCAUCCAGGCCAACUCCGGCCACGACGUGCUGGAGGGCGGCGGCUUCUUCCUCCCAGCGCUCUCCCACAAGUCGUUCCCGGCGCCGUCCCACCCCUGGUCGGGCCGCAUCUGGGCUCGCACGGGGUGCACUGGCGCCGGCGCGCAGCUCCACUGCGCCACGGGCGACUGCGGCGGUCGGCUCCAGUGCGCCGGGCUCGGCGGCGCGGCUCCCACGACCCUUGCGCAGGUGAACCUCCACCACGGCGGCGACGACCAGGCCUCGUACGGGGUGAGCGUGGUGGACGGCUUCAACGUGGGCCUGUCCGUGACCCCGCACGAGGGCCGCGGCAACUGCCCCGUCCUCGCCUGCCGCACGGACCUCACCCAGACCUGCCCCGGCGAGCUCCAGCUGCGGUCGCCGGCGGGGGCCGUGCUCGCGUGCAAGAGCGGGUGCGAGGCCUUCCGCACCGACGAGCUGUGCUGCCGCAACAUGUACAACAGCCCGCGCACCUGCCGCGCCUCCAAGUACUCGGAGUUCUUCAAGCGCGAGUGCCCGCAGGCCUUCACCUACGCGCACGACAGCCCGUCGCUCACCCACCAAUGCGCCGCGCCGCGCGAGCUCAAGGUCAUUUUCUGCCACUAGAUGACCAGAGCUCCGGAGCACCGGAGCUCUGAGGGGUGGGCGCGCGCGCGCGCGCCGUCGCAAGUGUCGCUAGUAGGAUUUGCGGUGUGCGUGGUGGUCUAGUGCGUGCUUCUGUGCCUGGUUAGCAGUGGUUUCACUGGUUUGGUCGUGCUCUGUAGGUACCGUGCCCGUUGGAUGUGUGUGCGUUCUGGCCCUGAGACUGAUGUAAUGACAUUACUGCUCAGUUUGCAGUCUGAAAUAAACUUGGUUUAGAUCAGCAAUGAUCGUUCGCGC